CUGCUCCCUCACUCUUUUUCCUCUCUCUCUCUCUCUCUCUCUCUCCACCAUUGCUUCAAGUUCAGCUUCUUCUUGCUCGUUGAUCGACCCACUGCAAAAACGAUACGAAGCCCUAGAAAACCCGCGACUCUGCACACUCUCUUCCUUCGCCGAAAGCUCAAAAAUCUCAACUUUGAUGUUUCCCAAACUUGCCAUCUUCCGUUGAUUCUGCAGAGCUCCAUCACUUUCUGGUGAAACGGCGCAGAAGGAACUGCAAAACCCAAGUGAAGAAACCCUAAAGCACCACCCCAAGAACCCAUCUUUCUUCUGGCUCAAAAGCCUCCACCGCUACAAAGUCCCAUCUUCUUGGUGUGGAAAACCCCCCAAACAUUCUUUGACAUUGCCCCUUGUUUCCAUUGCUCCAUUUUUGCUUUCACAAAAAGAACACUCGCCCCCUCCCCGUACCCUUCUCUCGGCUACUUCAUCUUCUGCUCUGUUUUUUGAAAUAUCGAAAGACAAGCUCGCAAGUUAGAACCCCAACAAUGCCUGUCAUGGAACCUGCAUCACCGUCUUCCUUCCCGACCCUUGUCAUCUUCUUGAUUUUCGCCAAUGUAGUUAUCCUUGUUUCCCCUAAGUCUACCAUAGAGCCCUGCUCGAACUCUGACUCUUGCAACGCCCUGCUCGGCUACACUCUUUACACCGACCUCAAAGUGUCUGAGGUCGCCUCUCUCUUCCAAAUAGACCCCAUCUCGCUCCUCACCGCGAAUGCCAUCGACAUCUCGUACCCUGAUGUCGAAAACCACAUCCUCCCUUCGCAGCUCUUCCUCAAAAUCCCCAUUUCUUGCUCCUGUGUUGAUGGAAUUCGGAAAUCCGUGUCGACCCGGUACAAAACCCGGCCCUCGGACACCCUGUCGUUGAUUGCAGAUUCCAUAUACUCGGGUUUGGUCUCCUCGGAUCAAAUAAGAGAGGCUAAUUCUAUAUCGGACCCCUCGGUGUUGGAUGUGGGGCAGAGCUUGGUGGUGCCGCUCCCCUGCACUUGCUUCAAUGGGACCGAUAACUCGUUGCCAGCAAUUUAUUUAUCAUAUGUGGUGAAGCCUGUAGAUACAUUGGCAGGGAUUGCAUCCAGGUAUUCCACUACGAUUACCGAUUUGAUGAACGUGAAUGCUAUGGGGAGUUCAGCUAUAGAUGCCAGUGACAUUCUUGCAGUUCCGCUGCCAGCCUGUGCUUCGAAUUUUCCAAGGUACUCUUCAGAUUAUGGUCUAAUUGUGCCUAAUGGGAGCUAUGCCAUCACAGCAAGCCAUUGUGUGCAGUGCAGUUGUGGGCCGGGCAAUCUCAAGUUGUACUGCACGCCUGCUUCAUUGGCAGUUUCUUGUUCUAGCAUGCAAUGUCGAAACAGCAACUUGAUGCUUGGAAAUGUUACUGCUCAACAGAGCAGUGCUGGAUGCAAUGUCAGUGCGUGUAGCUAUGGUGGUUUUGUCAAUGGCUCGAUUAUCACCAUGUUGUCCACAUCUCUCCAACCGCGAUGCCCAGGAGUGCAGCAAUUUCCUCCACUUAUAGCCCCACCUUCCUCAGUCAUCAAAUAUUCACCAUUUGCUCCAGCACCCGCCCCGCAGUCAGAGAUUGCUGGUUCACCCGCGUCUUCGGCGGUGCCAAGUACAAGUUCGCUUCCAGGAUUUAACCCUGCAACUGGUCCUACUGGAAGUGCUUCGGGUGCCUCUGCUGCUCGCUCAUUGAUGAAUCCUAUGGACAUUUUACCAGCUGUUGCGACAUUGCUUUUUUUUGUCAAGUUGAUGAUCUUUGAUUCAUCGUGAUUCCACGAGGGUGGCGACCACGAGACAAUGAGGGGUUUUGUUACAUUGAUGUUGCUAUGGCCUGGUCAGAUUGGUUUCCUCUCUCGUCCGCUGUAUCCUGUAUCUAUGUGUUUUCUUUUCCUUUUUGGUGCCUUAUUUAUUAUUCUGUGGGAUUGGACUUGAUUUUUUUAUGUGGAGAUGUGAGACUCUUUCGCAGUAAUUUGUAUCUUUGAUUCAAGGAAGGAACCUGUUUUCUUGUUA